AUGGCUGGUGGUAACUUGAAGAAUGCAGUCGUAGCAUUUCUGGCUCCCCUUCCCUCCAUUAUAUUCUACCUCAUAUUCCUCAGCAACAAGCAUCACCAAACAGAUGGGAUUCUCUCUCCUCUCUGGGCGUGGUGCUACCACCACCCUCUUCUCUUAGCCAAUGUCCUCUUCUUCCUCAACGUCAAUGUCCUCUUCUGGGUCAUCAGCCAAGUUCUAAAAAACCACUGGAUGAUCGAUUUGUAUUGGACUGUGAUACCCGUAAUGCUUGUUCAUUACUAUGGUUCUCACCCUCUGGCUGAUUAUAACUGGUGGCGCUCAACGAUCGUAGUUUUGAUGACUUGGGUUUGGAGCCUCAGGCUUUCCCACAACUACUUUAGGCGGGAAAAUUGGCAAUGGGGUGCAAGAGAGGACUGGAGGUUCACCGAUAUGAGCUCACAGUAUGGGAAGCACUGGUGGUGGAUUUCCUUCUUCGCCGUCUACCUCUCUCAGCAGGUUUUUCUGAUUGGGGUAUGCCUUCCAAUGUAUGUGAUCCACUCAGUUAAUGUGCCACUGAACAUAUGGGAUAUUGUUGCCAUCAUUGUCUGCAUUUCUGGCAUUGUUGUAGCAUACUGUGCCGACACGCAGCUCCACGGCUUUGUAAGCAGAAACAACAAGCUGAAAGAGCUUGGAAAGCCAGUUGUCCCCAAUCUUGAUGAGGGGUUGUGGCGUUAUUCACGGCAUCCCAACUACUUUGGAGAGCAGUUGUGGUGGUGGGGGCUAGUUAUAUUUGCAUGGAGCCUGGGACAUGGAUGGGCCUUUGUUGGAUCUCUCAUCAAUACAAUGUGUUUAGCUUAUGUGACUACUCUUGUGGAACGGCGAAUGCUGAAACAAGAUUACAGAGCAGAAGCAUACAGGCGAUAUCAGAAGACAACCUCUGUGUGGAUACCUUGGUUCAAGUCAUCCCCAGGAGUAAAAGAUAAGAAUGCUUAA